AUGACUAUGUCAACCAUCCCCACCAGUUUUGUUGAGAGUGCAGUGCAGUCCUCAUCUUCUGAGCUCUUAGAUGAGCUCACCACUGCCCUCGCUGCAGGACGGUGGUGGGCAAUAAUGGAGCUCUCCGCUCCUAUAUCUGAGGAGCUGGAAAUAUGGGACCUCACCCUCACUCAGGGAGCACCUGUGCCUGCCUAUGCUGAGAAGAGGGACCACACCUCAUCCCUGGUCUUCAACAAUGCAUCGGAGAAGGCUGAGUCUCUGCACUCAGGAUUCUCAGAUGCAAAGCUGAAGACCACGGAGCAACAGAGGAAGUGGAGGCAGAAGAAGCCUCAGGGACCACCUUUGCUUGCUGGGUCUGAGAAGGCUGAGUGUGGGAACUCACUGAAGACCACUAAGCAGGUGAGGCAAGAGUGGAGACAGAAGAAGCCUCAGGGAGCACCUGUUCCUGGUGGCUCCCCCCAGGGACAUCCUGUGCCCACUGUGUCCCAACAACGUGGAAAACUCAGGAUCCCUGAGCAUCUGAGGCAGCACCUGCUACAGGCCGCUAAUGAACUGGAGUCACCUGUGCCUGCUAGAUCCCCACAGGGACCACCAGUGCCUUCAAAGUUUCUACAAAGAGAACCUGUGCCUGUCUCAAAGGUGCAAAAAUUAAAGAUCCCUGAGCCACUAAGGCAGGAGCUGCAGCAGCAGAUGCCUCAAGCCUCUUCUGACAAGGGAGCAUCUGUACCCAACAAGACCCCAGAGAGGCAGAGGCUAAAAAUCCCUGAGCGGCUGAGGCAGGAGCUGCUGCAGCUGUCGCACCGAGCCUCAUCUGUAAAGGGAGAGCUUGUGCCUCAAAAGAGCCAGGAGAAGCAGAGGCUCAAGAUACCUGAGCGGCUAAGGCAGGAGCUGCUGCAGGUGUCACCCAGAGCCUCAUCUGAGAAGGGAGCACCUGUACCCAACAAGACCCCAGAGAGGCAAAGGCUAAAAAUCCCUGAGCCGCUGAGGCAGGAGCUGCUGCAGCUGUCGCACCGAGCCUCAUCUGUGAAGGGAGAACUUGUGCCCCAAAAGACCCAGGAGAAGGAGAGGCUUAAGAUACCUGAGCCGCUGAGGCAGGAGCUGCUGCAGGUGUCACCCAGAGCCUCUUCUGAGAAGGGAGAGCUUGUGCCUCAAAAGAGCCAGGAGAAGCAGAGGCUCAAGAUACCUGAGCAGCUGAGGCAGGAGCUGCUGCAGGUGUCAGUCAGAGCCUCUUCUGAGAAGGGAGCACCCGUGCCCAUAAAGACUGCAGAGAGGCAAAGGCUUAAAAUACCAGAGCCGCUGAGGAAGGAAUUGCUCCAGCAGAAGCCCCAAGCCUCUCCUGCAGAUGAUAAACCUGUGUCUUCCAAGUCCCCACAGGAAGUACCUUUACCUGACAGGAACCCUGUGCAUACCGGGACCUCACAGGGAGCAGGAGUGCUUGCCAGUUCUCCACUGCCCACUGGGUGUCUGAAGGAAGCAGCAGUGCCCACCAGAACCACAAAGGCAGGAAACGGAGGCUUGCUGAGCAUCUGA